CUAAUACACUGCGUUAAUAGGAUUGUGAGGAGUAAUUUAGUCCUCUGAGGCUCCAUUUAUAUGUUCAGUCACAGUGUUAGAGCCUGAGGGACAGACAUGAAGGACCCACAACUCCCAGCCAUCAAAACACGCCUAUGGCCAAAGCAGAAAAUGGACAAAAAAUCCAAAGAUGAGGCUACAAAGGUGGAAAAGACAUCCAGUCCCCUGGCCUCUGCUGCCGUCCGUGCCAUCCCACCGCUCACUGAAGCAGAGAGAAUGAGGCAGUCACCGUUUGACAGGGUCGUCUAUGACAUGGCCCACAACAUGAAGAUCGUCAACGACCUGAUGCUCGGUCGAAGAGUUGGCUUCUACGAGCUGUGUGGAGAGAUCGGGCAGGGAAAUUUCUCUACAGUCAGGUUGGGCAUCCACGUCUUGACAAAAGAGCGAGUAGCUAUCAAAAUCAUGGACAAGCUGCGUCUGGAUAAGAGGAGCCAGCCGUUGACUUCCUCAGAGAUCAGCUGCAUGGAGAAGCUGUGCCACCCCAACAUAGUGCGACUUUACGAGGUUUUCGAGACCAGCAGGAAGCUGUACCUGGUGAUGGAGUAUGGCAGCGGUGGAGACCUGUUCUCCCGAAUCACCACCAGGGGGAAGCUUAACGACCUAGAAAGCAAGCUGGUCUUUGCACAAGUCAUGUCUGCUGUUAAGCACAUGCAUGAAAACAACAUCGUCCACAGAGACCUUAAGGCGGAGAACAUCUUCUACACCACCAGCUACUGUAUCAAGGUCGGAGAUUUCGGCUUCAGCACAGAGUGCAGCCCUAAUGAGCUUCUCACCAAUUUCUGUGGCUCACCACCAUACGCUGCUCCUGAACUGUUUAAGGAUAAAGGUUACAUUGGAUGCUAUUCAGACACCUGGGCUUUAGGUAUUCUCUUGUACUUCAUGGUAACGGCCACUAUGCCCUUUUAUGGGGACAACCUAGGGAGGCUGAAGCGCUGCAUCCUUCAGGGGGCCUACAAUAUCCCUGCAUAUGUGCCCAAUCCAUGCCAGCUGGUCAUUAAGGGCAUGCUGCGGCCUGUGCCUGCUGAUCGCUCUUCUCUCACACAGAUUACAAACAGUGCUUGGCUUAAGGGGAUUGAGUACCCUCGUCCACACGUCUUGUUGCCCCUGUCCCCGGCCCACUUUGCCCAGGCCAACCAGGCUCUGUGUGUAGAGGAGCAGGAGGUGAAAGAUUUGCUAUCAGAGCUGGGUAUUGUGACAGUCCAUUUCCAAAACAAUCACUGCUUAGACUGUAGGAGCCCGCUGACGGGGACCUACCGGAUCCUUCUCCAUCGGGUCCAGAAGAGGAGGUCAGUGGAGGCUGUAGGUUAUUCAGCGCUUCAACCUGAUGAUUAUGGGAGUGAGAAGAAGUGGUCUGUAGCAUCUGUGGACAAACACACUCCUUCGGCUGUGUGUGUUGUACUGUGAUGAUAAAUAACUGGACUGGGCUACAUUUUAUCACAUACACAUGUGCCCAUUUGCUCACUGACACUCCUUCAAUCACUUCAGGCUCCCUUAAUCAGUGAGGCGUUAUGUUACAUGCUGAAAAGUAUUCUAGUUGUGUUGUGCAAAACUUGACACACAGGUUGAGGCUGGAGUCGGAGAGUUCUUCUGUCCCACAGUGUAAGUCAGUGCAUAAAUCUACAGAACUAAUCCAAGGCCACAGAUAAUCCUAUUAAGGGAGACACUGAGAACAUGCCUGGGGGGGGGGGCUAUGUUCUAGGAAAAUAAUGACGCAUUGAACAAAAUUAGGACCACAUGAGACCAGAACAAUGGACAUAAAACCCACCAUGCAGCCAUCUUAAAUAGUUUUUUGUGCAUUAUAAACACAAAAACUGAUGCCUAAUAUGCCUUAAUUUAAUGUAGAUAUUUAUUAAAAAUGUUUUUUUAUGAUUGUCAAAAAGUGUAGAGCACACAGAUGUUUCUAAGUUUUGCACAAUUUUGUUGAUAUCUAUGUUAAGUAUUGUGUUAAUGUUUGCUUAUGUUUUACGGCAAUACGUUCAUAAAUCUUGCAUGGAUACUGGCCUGAACUUCAUGCCACUCUGUAUUAAUUAUUAUAGCAAUUUCAUUAAUCUGAAUAAAAGUAUUUUCA